AAACAGCUGAUCUUCCUCCCGUCCUCCCCGCCAUCUUGUCCUCCCCAGCAUCUCAUCUCCUAGACACACACAAGAAAACGCAAAUUACUCCACUGAUAUCUCCUCCUCAGCCUCCUAAUUACAUCCACUGAUGAAGAGCCAUGAAGGAAGUGGAGGGAAAGCAGCUAGUGGAGUGCAUGAUCUGCGGCGUGCUUGUGGGAUCCGUGUACAGCUACCACAAGCACAACGUGAGGCAGCACUCCUUGGCGCAGCUUUCGAGGGCCAUCCUGAAGCUUCGAAACCUCAAGCUGCCACUCACGGAUCCUACGACCUCGGACAGUGCCACGGAUGACGAGGAUGACGAUGACGAUGAUGUGUGUGGGAGAAUAAAAGACCCGAUGACUGUGCUGAAGCUGCCCGUGAAGGUGGAAGCCAUGGAUGAGGUCAUUGAGCUCGGCCCCACAGACAACUCCGAUCACCUGCAGGUCCAGAGUCGUCUCUUCAACAGUUCGGAUGAGGUCAACCAACACUCGAGUCAGGUCAUCGAGGUCAAGGAGAACCACCACCCCCCGCCCACCCACUUCAAUCCCUUAGUAGAGGAUCCCAAUGCUAUUACUGUGAAGUUCGGCAAGGAGCUCAUCACCGCCAAGGACAACACCUGCCCCACCAUGUCCCUGCCCGACGCUAGGAAGAGGGUCAGGGAGGGGAAUAAGGUCCUGAGAGCCACCUUCAAGAGCACCAUCGACAUCCCAAGCCCAAACUCCUUCAUCACGGACUACAAGAAGGCCAUGUCCCACUCUUCGGAAAAGUAUAUCAUGCAGAAUAUUGACCGCCUGGCUCCUCUGCCGCCCAGAAAGAAGAAAGGAAGGCCCAGAAGGAACCCAGAAAACCCCCAAACGGAUGAGACGACAAAAUCUAAAGUGGACUCGAUUGGGAAUGAAGAAGAAGAUGUGGAGUUUGCAGUUGACCCUCUGCUCUUCUCAGACGAGGAGGACGAAGAGGAUCAUUCGGUUGCCAUUCCUGCUGUCGCCAAAACUCGCUCCGGCAGAACUGUGAAGAUGAAGAAGGAAGAUGGAACGUUCAGGUACUAUGACAUGCCCGGGAGCUCACAGUUAGAUGCACCAGACGACCUGAAGAGCAAAAGACAGUGGGAGGAUGAGUCUUAUUCGGUGAAGAAAAGUCGGAGGGGAAAGAGACGGAAGAUUAUCCCAGCACCGAAUCAAAACCCAUCCACCAGCACUGAGAGUUGUGAUGGAAUUCCAAGCUGUAGCACAUCCAUAAACAUCAAGGAGGAAUGCAGUGUGAGUGUUGAGGAGGAAGACAUCAUCCAGGCCAAAGAUCCCACCAGAAAAGGAAAUGUAGAAAGUCUAGAAAAUGAAAAAGAAAACACCAGUGAAAACGUGGACAUUCUCAGCAAAAACAAGGCAAACAUCAACUCAGAUAAAGAUGCAACUGUGCCUCCAGACACUCUUAAUAGCUUUGUGUGCUUCAUGUGCCUCAAGGAGUUUGCUACAAAUGAAGACUGUGAGAAUCAUAUGCAGGAACACCUUAGUAAAGUGAGCAGCGGCAGUAAUGAGACCACAAGUGUCAAUGAGAGGCUGGAACACAGUGAGGUGGACAUGGUAGGAAUCGCUGAUGUGUCCGCUAAAGGUCUGGACACAUCACAGCUGGAGGACACCCCUGAGAAGGCUCCUGCAUCCACCUCGAGUGUUGGAGACGCAGCAGAGAAGGGCGACAGCGCGUUACUCUGCUCAGUCUGCAAUGAUGUCUUUGAAACCCAGGAGGCCUUGGAUGACCACUCACAUGAUACCGCCCACGACUGCCAGAUAUGCGGAAAGAAAUAUCAGAACCGAGUAAACCUUCAGAGCCACAUCAAGAAGUACCACGAAGAGACUGAGUGGAUGAAGUUCAGGUGUGCAACGUGUGGGCAGAACUUUGGGUUUUUGCUCGCCCUUGAGAGACACAUGAAGGAGCAUAAUCCCAACCAGAAGAUUUGUUGUGAGCAGUGUGGGAAAGUUUUCAAGACCCUGAAUAACCUGAAGAACCACCUUCCCCUACACACCAAAGAUGAGAUUUUUAGAUGCCCGUACUGCCCAAAGCAAUACUACAUUAGGUAUAGUUACGAUAAGCAUGUGAGAAGUCAUUUGUAUCCACCAAAGUUCCACUGUGAAGUAUGUAACAAGUAUUUUAAUGACAAGAAGUAUUUUGAGGUACAUUUAGAGAGGCACCAGACUGGGGGGUGUUUAGGAAGGAGUAAGGACUUGAGAUGUAAUAACUGUGGAGACAUAAAGACCCCAACUGAAUUAGAUAUAGUUAGUGAGACAAACCCAGGCCACCACAAGACCUGCCUGGAGUGUGGGAAGGGACACUACAAAAAAUUCAUGCUUGAAAACCUAGACUCCGCAUCACUACAGGACAAAACUGAGAGGGCAAGAGAGCAGUGCAAAUUGUGUGGAAAGUUUGUCAUUAAUAUCGUGCGUCACGUUAAGUCUCGGCAUCUCGAAAACCCUUACGUUCCUUGUGAUGUGUGCGGGACAGUCGUCUCCAAGUCGUCCUUACCCUCCCACAAGAACCGCAAGCAUGGGGGCUCGGCAGUGACUUGUGACCACUGCAAUAAGGUCUUCAAGAACAUCAUGUGCCUGCGGGAACACAUGACGAAGGUGAGGAAAAAGGAAGAUCCGUCUAGAAACAUAUGUAAGUUCUGCAAGGAGUUAGUGGCGCCAGACCUUUGGAAAGAGCACAUGGCGAGACACAGGAUGCAGUGUAGCGAGUGCGGCGCCUCUGAGUUCGGGAGUCAGGAGGAGUUCAUGAGUCACCUUGAGGCCUGUCGGAGGUGUAGCAACUGUGGCACCAAUGGGUUCGCCUCGCAGGAAGACUAUCUCGCGCAUAUGGAAAUGUGUGUGAGCAGCAUCGAUAUCAUGACCGGGACGCUUGAUGCUGCCAGUGACCAGGAGGUGGUGACGAGCAUCUUCGCCAUAGUGGACGAGAGCACUUGUUGUGGGACAUGUGGCGAGGAUUUUGAGGACCAGAUCGCCCUGGCCAACCACAUCACUGAGGUUCACCCGGACACCCUGCAGGCCGACCACACACUCAGGGAGACGAACAUAAACGGGGAAGAUGUCUUGUAUGCGUGUCCCCAAGAAACCUGUGGAGUCAUAUGUCCCAGCAAAGAGUUGUUAAGUAAUCACCUGACAUCAAUUCAUAACUCAUAAUCGUGUACAUUGUCUCAUUCAUAUAAUUAAAGAUGAAUGCCGAAAGUUUUACUGAUAUGAUUUAAUAUGAAAAUAAAAGUUCGUAAUGA